UAUCCAGCACGGGACGCUGCUUCUGCUGGGCCUCAACGGUUAUUCAUAUUCUAAUUCUAUCCGCAACGGCUGAAGUGAGUGUUAGCGGAGAACAAGAGAGCGCGAGGCAUGCUUCGUCAGUGCAGAACAAGUCUGGUUAAGCUUUCCAUGAUCACCAUUAACGCCUCCAAGUUGGUUUCCCUCCCCCUCCCGCGCACUAUAGUAUCGUCCACUCCCUCUGCUAACCUGCGCCCCUUCUGCACCAUGAAAACCAACCACGAUCCUCAGCUCGACCGCAUCUUUGAUGCAAAGCGGUCUUUCCGGACCCAAAUGCGCAGAGAACUGAAGAAUAUGGACCCUAUUCUGAGAUCUCAAGAAGAUGAUGCUAUUCAGAGGGUUGUUUUAGAAGCUCCGUGGUUCAAGAACAGUACCAGCAUAUGUGCUUAUAUAAGUUCUAAUGCUUUACGAGAAGUAGAUACAUCAAAAAUUGUUUCAGCAAUAUUAUCUAACCCCGCGACAGAGGAUCAUGUACAGAUCAAGAAGAAGCUUUACGUGCCACGUGUAGAGGAUAGAAAUAGCAACAUGAGAAUGCUGAGGAUAUCAACUGUUGAUGAUCUCGUUCUGAACUCAAUGAACAUUUUGGAGCCAACCUUAGUAGAUCACAAUGGAAAUCCUCGAGAAGAUGUUAUGCAGGCAACUGACCCAAUCGACUUGAUCAUCCUACCAGGCCUUGCAUUUGAUAGAUCAGGAAGACGGUUGGGCCGCAGUGGAGGUUACUAUGAUAUGUUCCUGAGGAAAUACCAAGAGCUGGUCAAAAAGCAAAAUUGGCCGCAGCCACUUCUCGUUGCCCUAUCAUACUCAAUACAAAUAGCAGAAAAUGAAAGAAUAGCUGUCAGUCCUCAUGACGUUCUUGUUGAUGCUCUGGUAUCCCCAUCUGGCUUCUUCCCAAUCAGUCCAAUUGCUUUUAAGAAGUGUCAGUGAGUGUUAUUCUUUGUUUGCCCCGCUCGGUAAAAGUCGUUUCCUAGAUCUUUUAAGGACCAUACUUAUUCUAGUUUUAGCAUAUAGAAUUGGUUAAAAUCUUUUCUAUGUAUUAAUGCAAACCAUUAAAAGUUCUGGGCAUUAUUUAUUCCGUGGUUUUGAUGCAAGUCCAAUUAAUUACUAUGUGGAAUUGCUUUCAAUAGCAAAGAGGCUUUAAAAUUAGACAUUGUCGCAAAGCGAACAGGUAUGCAGACUCUCUACCCUCUUAUGCUUUAGGGCUUGCUUUCCUUUCUUUCUUUGUUUUCUUUUAAAGCACAUUGUAACAAUGAAGACUACACAGUCGGUUGUAUAAUUUGUAUCACUGUAAAAGGAAGUAAGAAAAUUAUUAAUGGCAACAAA